AGCCAUUUGCAAAAGUUCCAGAACUCAAAUGUUAAGAGUCUUAAGACCAAAGCUCCGCUUCGGCGCUAUGUCGGGCGCUGCGAUUUUCCCAUCUUCUUCUUCUCUAGCCCUCAAAAACCCUAAUCUUUCAAUCUCUUCCGAUCAGAGGUUCUUCAAUGGAAUUCUCUUCAAGAACGGCUCCACUCUCCACGAUCGCUUCCCCAACGCUUCACUUCGCUGCUUCGCAUCCGCGGCUACUUUUGACCGAGUUCGAGUUCAGAACCCUAUCGUCGAAAUGGACGGUGAUGAGAUGGCGCGAAUUAUGUGGAGAAUGAUUAAAGACAAACUUAUCUUUCCUUAUCUGGAUUUAGAUAUAAGAUAUUUUGAUUUAGGAAUACUGAAUCGCGAUGCAACUGAUGAUAAAGUUACAGUAGAAAGUGCUGAAGCCACUCUGAAGUAUAAUGUUGCUGUGAAAUGUGCUACAAUAACUCCUGAUGAGGCCAGGGUCAAGGAAUUUGGGCUUAAGUCUAUGUGGAGGAGCCCUAAUGGAACAAUUAGAAACAUUUUAAAUGGCACUGUUUUCCGUGAGCCGAUCCUAUGUCAGAAUGUUCCCAGAAUUGUUCCUGGUUGGAAGAAACCCAUUUGUAUUGGUAGGCAUGCCUUUGGGGACCAGUAUCGUGCCACUGAUACUGUUGUUGAAGGACCAGGAAAGCUUAAACUGGUCUUUGCUCCAGAAAAUGGGGACCCUCCAGUGGAGCUCAAUGUUUAUGAUUUUAAAGGCCCUGGAAUUGCACUGGCAAUGUAUAAUGUUGAUGAGUCUAUUCGAGCUUUUGCUGAAUCAUCUAUGUCACUGGCAUUUGCAAAGAAGUGGCCUCUCUACUUAAGCACCAAAAAUACGAUCCUUAAAAAAUAUGAUGGGAGGUUUAAAGAUAUAUUCCAGGAUGUAUAUGAAGAGAACUGGAAGCAAAAGUUUGAGGAACAUUCCAUAUGGUAUGAGCAUCGGCUAAUUGAUGACAUGGUUGCAUAUGCACUUAAAAGUGAUGGUGGUUAUGUUUGGGCUUGCAAAAACUAUGAUGGAGAUGUCCAGAGUGAUUUACUUGCUCAAGGAUUCGGUUCUUUGGGUCUUAUGACUUCAGUAUUGUUAUCAUCUGAUGGCAAGACUUUAGAAGCUGAGGCAGCUCAUGGGACUGUCACUCGACAUUUUCGGCAAUAUCAGAAGGGACUUGAAACCAGUACAAACAGUAUUGCUUCAAUUUUUGCAUGGACACGAGGGCUAGAACACAGGGCUAAACUUGAUAAGAAUGAAAGGCUGCUGGAUUUUGUUCACAAGUUGGAGGCUGCAUGCAUUGAAACAGUGGAGUCAGGGAACAUGACCAAGGAUCUUGCAAUUUUGAUCCAUGGACCCAAGGCGUCGAAGGAGUUCUACUUGAAUACUGAAGAAUUCAUUGAUACUGUUGCACAUAAUCUGGAGGCUAAGCAGUUUUGUAAUCAGAUCCACAGUUAUUCUUAGAAGGUGGACUAUCAGGGCCAUGUACAUCAAUUGAACUUAUUUGGGGAUUGAAUGCUUUUGUUUAUCUUUGUUUUAUUUAAAGUAGAUGCAGCUCCUCCAUAAAAUGUAAAGCAGUCAUCUGGGGGUUUUGAUCAGAUGGACGGUGAACCUGCUUCCCAAACCCUACCACUUUAUGGUGAACUUCAAUGCCUUUGAAUAAACCAUGCCAUGGUAUUCUCCAUGGACCUACCAAUUUAAUUGGUUA